AUGGCAGACGCGCCGAAUGCCACCGACGAGCUCUACCCCAUCGCCGUCCUCAUUGACGAGCUCAAGCACGACGAUGUUCUUCUCCGUCUCAAUGCCAUUCACCGUCUCUCCACUAUUGCCCUCGCUCUCGGCGCCGAGCGCACUCGCGAUGAGCUGAUUCCUUUUCUCGAUGAGUCUGUCGAGGACGAGGACGAGGUUCUCGUUGCUCUCAGCGAGGAGCUCGGCAGCUUUAUCGAGUACGUCGGAGGUCCUGACUUUGGUCACGUCCUCCUGUCCCCUCUCGAGAACCUUGCCGCGAUAGAGGAGCCCGUCGUCCGUGACAAGGCUGUCGAGUCCCUCAACAAGAUCUGCAACGAACUCUCUCCCAAGCAAGUCGAAGAGUACUUCAUCCCCCUCACAUUCCGCCUCUCCAAGGCCGAUUGGUUCACCUCCAAGGUGUCCGGCUGCGGCCUCUACACGGCCCCUUACAGUAAGGUGUCUGCCGGCACCCAGGAAGAUUUGCGAAAGGCGUUCGGUCAGCUUGUGCAUGACGAGACACCCAUGGUCCGUCGUCAGGCCGCCACCAACAUGGCCAAGUUUGUCAAGGAAAUGCCCGCCGACGUUGUCAUUGAGGAGAUGAUGCCCCUUUUCCAGCACCUCGCCCAGGACGACCAGGAUAGUGUCCGGCUGUUGACUAUCGAGAUUUUGGCUUCCAUCGCUGAGGUCGUUCCCAAGGAACAGCAAUCCAGCCACGGCGUUCUCCUCGCUCUUCUGCGCAGCUUGAUCGAGGACAAGAGCUGGAGGGUGCGCUACAUGAUUGCCGACCGCUUUGAACAGAUUGCAAAGGCUGUCGACGAUGAGGUUCUUUCCAGAGACCUUGUCCCUGCCUUCGUCAAGAUGCUCAAGGACACCGAGGCUGAAGUCAGGACUGCCAUCGCUGGCCAAAUACCCGGCUUCUGCGCUCUCAUCGAUCGCAAUGUCCUGCUCAAUGACAUCAUGGGCAGCAUCGAAGAUCUCGUUUCCGACACCUCCCAGCACGUCCGGGCGGCGCUUGGUACGCAGAUUAGCGGCCUCGCCCCUAUUCUCGGCAAGCAGGAGACUAUUGACCACUUGCUCCCCAUGUUCCUCCAGAUGCUCAAGGAUGAGUUUCCUGAGGUCCGCCUGCACAUCAUUUCCAAGCUCGAGCUUGUCAACCAGGUCAUCGGCAUUGAGCUGCUCUCGCAGUCGCUGCUCCCGGCUAUCAUCCAGCUGGCCGAGGACAAGCAAUGGCGCGUUCGUCUGGCCAUUAUCGAAUACAUUCCGCUCCUGGCCAGCCAGCUAGGUGUCAAGUUCUUCGACGAGAAGCUGGCUAAUCUUUGCAUGGGCUGGCUCGGCGAUACGGUCUUCUCUAUCCGAGAGGCCGCCACGCACAACCUGAAGAAGUUGACCGAGGUCUUUGGUGUUGAGUGGGCCAACGAGGCUAUCAUUCCGAAGGUCAUGGCCAUGGGCAACCACCCCAAUUAUCUCUACAGGAUGACCACCUGCUUCGCCAUUACUACGCUCGCCUCGGUUGUCAGCAUGGACGUCAUUGCGAAGAGCAUCCUGCCCCAGCUCCUCGACAAGCUUGCCGAAGACGACAUUCCUAACAUUCGCUUCAACGUAGCCAAGACGUACGGAGUCCUCGUUGACGUGCUGCGUCGCUUGCCUGAGGAGGGCACCAUUUAUGCGCUGGAGAAGGAGGGCGCCAGCUUCACGCCAUCGCCGCGUGGCAUGGAGCUCAUUCAGUCAAGGAUUCUGCCCAAGCUGGAGAAGCUGCAGAAGGACGACGAUGUGGAUGUUCGCUUUUUCGCCACGACAGCUGCCAACAGCGUGACGGGUGCGGCGGCAAGCGGCGAGCCGAUGAACACAUCACCAUAG